GCGUGACCAGCAAACGCGGAAGUGAAGGGCCGCUGUAAACAUUCAUGUCGUGUAUUUAUUUUCUCUCGCAUUAGACAUCUGGGCUGCGUUUCACUGCAGUCUGUGCCGACUUGACGGCCUCUCCUCAACAUUUCGAAGGAGCAAAAUGUGGCGUUCACGGUUGCUAUUCAAGUGUCUCCUCAUCUGCGUCACAGCGUGGAGCGGCCGGAUCAGCAACUCUGGAGCUUUUGCCAAAACGUCCCGGAGACCAAACAUCGUUGUGAUCCUCACCGACGACUUGGACGUCGCCAUGGGGGGCAUGACGCCACUGAACAAGACCAAAAAACUAAUCGGCGACGCCGGGAUCUCGUUCACAAACGCAUUUGUCGCCAGCCCGCUCUGCUGCCCCAGCCGAGCCAGCAUCCUGACGGGCAAAUACCCGCACAACCACCGCGUGACCAACAACACGCUAGAGGGCAACUGCAGCAGCACGGCCUGGCAGAAGAGCCAGGAGGCUCACACCUUUCCCGCUCUGCUCAAUAAGCUCGCCGGGUACCAGACCUUCUUCGCCGGAAAGUACCUCAACCAGUACGGCCACGCGGAGGCCGGCGGAGUGGAGCACGUUCCUCUCGGCUGGAGCUACUGGGUCGGACUGGAGAAGAAUUCCAAGUACUACAACUACACGCUGUCAGUUAAUGGCAAGGCUCAGAAACACGGAGCGGACUACAGCAAAGAUUACCUGACAGACGUGCUGGCCAACAUGUCUGUGAACUUCCUGGAGUACAAAUCCAGUUACGAGCCCUUCUUCCUGAUGGUGUCCACGCCGGCCCCCCACUCACCGUGGACGGCGGCCCCUCAGUACCAGCACCGCUUCGACGACACCGGGGCGCCCAGAGAUCCCAACUUCGACGUCCACGGCAAGGACAAGCACUGGCUGAUCCGGCAGGCCAAGACUCCCAUGACCAACUCGUCCGUACGCUUCCUGGACGACGCCUUCAAGAAGCGAUGGCAGACUUUGCUGUCUGUGGACGACCUGGUGGAGAAGAUCGUGAGCAGCUUGGAGGCCAGAGGAGAACUGGACAACACGUACAUCUUCUUCACCUCAGAUAAUGGAUACCACACAGGUCAAUUUUCUCUUCCGCUGGACAAGCGGCAGCUGUAUGAGUUCGACAUCCGCGUUCCUCUCCUGGUGCGAGGACCCAACAUCAAAGCUGGGCAGACCAGCCAGUUUCUGGUGGCCAACGUGGACCUCGGCCCCACCAUGCUGGACAUGGCGGGAAUCAACGUGAACGAGACGCAGAUGGACGGCACGUCCUUCCUGCCCGUUCUGGAGGGGAAAGCGAACGCCAGCUCCUGGAGGAGCGACAUCCUGGUGGAGUACGAAGGAGAAGGACGCAACAUUUCCGACCCCGCCUGCCCCCUGCUGGGCCCCGGCGUGUCGGAGUGCUUCCCAGAUUGUGUGUGCGAGGACUCGUACAACAACACGUACGCCUGCGUGCGCACCGUGGCGCCCGCGGCCGACUUGCAGUACUGCGAGUUUGACGACAACGAGGUGUUCGUGGAGGUCUACAACCUGACCGCGGACCCCUUCCAGCUCACCAACAUCGCCAAGACCAUCGAGCAGGAGGUCCUGGAGAAGAUGAACCAUCGGCUCAUGAUGCUGCAGUCCUGCGCGGGGAAGACGUGCCGCACGGCCGGCGUCUACGACACUCGCUUCAAAUUUGAACCGCGCCAGAUGUUCAUCGGCCGCAGCCGGCAGCCACAAAAGAUGAAGUGAACGAGACGAGGAUUCCCGCGCUCGCCGCCUCGUUUCCGGCCUCUUUUUGGGGACCGACGGAUGGAGAAGGCACGGUUGCCACGGCGACACCGGGACUCGCCAGCUAAAAGAGAAAAGCCGAAUUAGCAUCGGUGUGGAUUCUAGUUGUGCUUUCAACGUCUGCUUUACUUGUCGUCAGCGGAGAAAAGAACGACGACACAAAAGUAAUCAACAUUUCAUAUUUACAGGACAGCUCGUGAUGUCCGAUACGACGUUAAACGUACGUUAAACAUGCAUACACGCAUUCCUAAACGCACAUACGUAAGUACAGUAAUUGUGUUGUUCAUGAAUGAAAAGGCAAAUUGUCACUUUUUUUAACUUUGUUUAAAUUGAAAUAGUGAAUGGAGCCGAGAGUGUUUUUUUCACUCGUUUUGCUACUGAUUUGAAAUGUUUCAAGUUUUAUUCAGGGAGAUUGAUGGGAUAUAUUUUAGGUGAGGACUUGGCAAACGUUUGGGGUUCCGGGGCGAAACUUUUCUUAGGACAACCCUCGUCAUCGUAACGCCAAUUAAUCAUCACCCAUAAAUGCCGUAGCAAUUAAAAAGGUGCCCAUUUUCCAGAAGUCGGAAUGUUGCGAGAAUAACAUUGCAUUUUGUAUUUACUUUCUAGAUUCAAAAAAAAUAAUGUUACAAUAAAUUCAUAUUUGGCAGAAAACGAGUUGUAAUGUUAUGAAAAUUACAUAGGUUUUGUAAGUAACAAAAGUGUAUUUUUCGGCCAAAGGUCAUAACAGAUGAAUCACACUUAAAUGAAUAAUGUAAUCUUAGAAGAAUGAAGUCAUACUAUUUCAAAAUGAAAUAAGAUAUUGAAGUCAGUUUAACUAGGGGAGAAAGUCAAAAGGUAUACAUUUAUUCUCCUAAUAUUGCGCCAUUUAUUCUUUAAAACAAAUGACUAAAUUCUCAAAAUAUGCCUUUUAUUGUUAAAAAAAAAAAAAAAAAAAAAAAAAGACUAUCCCUGUAAUAAUAAAAUGUUUGUUUUAAUAGACUAUUUACACACAGAUAUCAAAUUUAUGUGAAGAUACAUCAAAAGAGCUUUUAAUUGUAAUAAUUAUUGGCACCCACAUAAAUUGGCGUCGCCUUUAAUGAAACGCUCCGACCUGAUUUAUUGUGAAUUCUUUUGAGGACGACCAGCCUGCGAAGCGGAAACAAAAAACUGUGAAAACUUCAACAUUGCUGAAACCAGCACUGAUGAGUAAGAAUUAGCUGCAAGACUGAUUUGUUCUUUUCAAGCGGACAAAAAUGUCUUCUGAGUUUUUUUGGUUUUUUUUAUUAUUUGAUUAUUAAAAUGUCUUUCUUUGGAGUGUUAUCUGUUCAGCUGAUGUCCUUUUCCUCGUCGGGGCUUUGACGGCCAACUUUUUGUGCAAGUAAAAUAAAUUUCAUCUAUCACGUCA